GUGGAACUCGCGCCCCUCAUAUGAGGCCCAUGUACCCGUCCAAAACAUUCCCGAACCUCUACACGCUGGCCACGGGUUUGUAUCCCGAGUCUCACGGGAUCGUGUGUAACUCCAUGUAUGAUCCCAUGUUCAAAGCUCAUUUCAGACUGAAAGGACAAGAGAAGCUCACUCACCGCUGGUGGGGCGGGCAGCCCGUUUGGAUCACAGCAGAGAAGCAGGGCGUGAAAGCUGGGACGUUCUUCUGGCCCCGGGUGAUUCCUCUGGAGCGGAGGAUCCUCACUACCCUGCAGUGGCUGCAGCUGCCUGAUGACGAGAGGCCGUAUGUCUAUGCUGUCCACUCAGAGCAGCCGGAUACAUAUGGACACAUCCUGGGUCCGCUGAGCAACGAGCUGGAUAACACUCUCAGGAAGAUCGAUAACAUCAUCGGUCAGCUGAUGAACGGCCUGAAACAGAUGAACCUCCAUCGCUGUGUGAACGUCAUCCUGGUGGGCGAUCAUGGAAUGGAGGAGUCUCAUUGUGAACGAACAGAGUAUUUGAGCUCUUACGGACUGGAUGUUGAUGCUAUCACACUGAUCCCAGGAUCCUCCGGAAGAAUCGGCCCCAAAAACGCCAACUCACCAUAUGAUCCGAAGGAGAUUGUAGCUAAUUUAACAUGUAAGAUGCCCAAUCAGCACUUCAAGCCAUACCUGAAGCAGCACCUGCCCAAACGCCUGCAUUACGCCAACAACAGACGCAUCGAAGACGUGCACCUGCUCAUGGACAGGAAGUGGCAUGUGGCCAGAUCUCCUGCUACCUGCGGCUUCUUUGGAGAUCAUGGCUUUGACAACAAGAUCAGCAGCAUGCAGACGAUCUUUCUGGGAUUUGGACCGGGCUUCAAUUUUAAGACAGAAGUGCCUGUUUUUGAGAACAUCGAGCUGUAUAACGUCAUGUGUGGUGAGAAAAUGCUGCCGGGUUUCUUAAAAUAG